AUGAGACCUGAUCAUCAUCAUCAUCAUCAUCAUCGGCGGCCGGAUGUGGCGAUUGAUAUAGGAAAGCCAAGUUUCACCGGUGGCCUAGAGUUCUCUAACCUUACCUAUACAGUCAUAAAGAAGAAGAAGGAGAAUGGGAAAUGGGUGAAUAGAGAAACGGAUUUGUUGCAUGAUAUCAUUGGAUAUGCACCCAAAGGAUGCAUUACUGCAGUGAUGGGUCCAAGUGGAGCAGGGAAAUCGACACUUCUUGAUGGAUUGGCUGGAAGGAUUGCGAGUGGAAGUCUCAAAGGCCGGGUUUGUUUAGAUGGAGUGGACACAACUCCAAGCUUGAUCAAGAGAACUUCAGCUUAUAUAAUGCAGGAUGAUAGGCUUUAUCCCAUGCUUACUGUCUACGAAACACUAAUGUUUGCUGCUGAUUUUAGACUCGGAUCCAUCUCCAAAUCAGAGAAAAGACAGCGUGUCGACAAAUUGAUAGAGCAGCUAGGCUUAUCAACUUCUAGGCAUACUUACAUUGGAGAUGAAGGGACAAGAGGAGUGUCAGGAGGCGAACGCCGCAGGGUGUCAAUUGGGGUUGAUAUCAUUCAUGGACCGUCGUUGUUAUUCUUGGAUGAACCAACUUCAGGAUUAGAUUCCACCAGUGCUCACAGUGUUGUGGAGAAAGUACACGACAUUGCGCGAAGGGGUAGUACCGUGAUCUUAACCAUUCACCAACCUUCGUCGCGAAUCUUGUUGCUGCUUGAUCACCUCAUUAUCCUAGCUCGCGGGCAGCUAAUGUACCAAGGUUCUCCCAAGGAUGUAGCUCUCCACUUGGGGAGAAUGGGACGCAAAGUUCCAAAGGGAGAAAACUCCAUUGAGUACCUCAUUGAUGUAAUCCAGGAGUAUGAUCAGUCACCCCAUGGAGUUCAGGCUAUCGCGAAAUUCGCUCUUACUGGCAAGAAACCUCCAUCAUUAGCUGAUGAUGGAAUUUCAAUUGUUACUGUGAUUCCAUCGCCAGCUCCAACUAAGCGUGCCGGUACUCAAUCAGGCCGAGCUGACGCCAAAACCAAAAGACGCCUUCCAUUACAAGCUGGCAUGGACGACGAUGAAGAUUUUGAUAGCAGUGUCAGGAAUCCAUGGAACCAAUCCAGGUCUUGGACUCAACCACAAGGCCUAAAGUUUACUCCCACUAGACAGCAUCCAGGCCAAAGAACUCCAUUAAGUCCAUCCCACGGCUACUAUACCUACUCGAGCGACAUACUUCAAGGCACUCCAACACCUCACAGCAGCGAUUACACGGUGAAUGAGAGCGAUUAUCUCACCCCUGCUGCUGCAAACAAGAAAAUGGAUAACCUCCAGCUUGGUCCAAAGUUUAUGAAUUCCUUCUUCUCCGAGACAUGGAUCCUAAUGCGCCGGAACUUCAUAAACAUCCGGCGCACGCCUGAACUUUUCCUUUCCAGGCUUGUAGUCCUCGUUGUCAUGGGUGUCAUGAUGGCCACAUUGUUCUGGAAACCUCCAGAGAGUGUUCAAGGGAUCACAGACCGGCUUAGCUUCUUCAUCUUCACAGUCUGUCUCUUUUUCUUUUCUUCCAACGACGCUGUCCCGGCUUUCAUCCAAGAACGGUUCAUCUUCCUCCGGGAAACAUCUCACAACGCCUACAGGGCAUCAUCAUACACCAUUGCUGGACUGAUCACAAACCUUCCAUUCUUAGCCCUUCAGGCUGGAUCAUAUGGAGUUAUUGUUUGGUGGGCUCUGAAGCUCAGAGGGCCAUUCUAUUACUUCUUGCUUGUGCUCUACAUGUCUCUUCUGUCAACCAAUUCGUUUGUUGUGUUCAUCAGCUCAAUUGUCCCAAAUUACAUAUUGGGUUAUGCUGCAGUGAUUGCUUUCAGUGCCCUGUUCUUCUUGUUCUGUGGGUAUUUCUUGAACAGCCAUGAUAUUCCCAAGGGUUGGAAAUGGAUGAAUUACAUUUCAACAAUGACGUAUCCGUACGAAGGGUUGCUGAUGAAUGAGUACCAGACCAACAUUACAUUUGGAUUGAAUCCAUCGGGACAAGAAGAUUCUGUUUUACAUAAUUCUGCGAUUCUUCUCCAAAAACCAGAGGAAAUAACAGAGAGAUGCCAUCAACUUGGAUAUCUCAUUAGUGGCUUCCUUCCUCAUAAUGGGUUUGAUUUUCAUUGA